CAGUCGACCCCUCUCCUCAGCACCGCAGCUCACACACAGGGAGAACAGAGGAGUGGUACAGUCCUCGACUCCAAGUAUACAACGAACGGUUUUCACGGGGUUUGGACUUCGUGCCACUGGUUUCUUCGGGUCCACAUCAUCGUCCCGUUAUUCACGCGGUGUGUGAGGCUUAUCUUUUGCGGGGGAAUUUCCCCCAGCUCGAGCUCGCUCAGUGUGUGUCUCGUGAGAGGCGCGGGAAGGCGUGACUGCGGGAAAUUUAUCGUCCUAACGGUUGUUUCACCUCACAUCACCGUUUACGUUUUUAAUAAGUUUGGAUACCUGCAGUAAAGUUUUUUCCACGACAACGAGGAGCUAAACCGAAUUAAACGAGCAGGUGGGGUGAAACUUACAGUGUUGAAGGAGGUGAACAAAAAGACCACUAGUAACAAGCAAACUUGAUCGGGAGAAAAACAGAAGCGAGAGAGACGUGAGAGGUGUAGAAGAGGAGGAACAGGGGAGACACAGCAUGAAUGUAGCAUGGAGGUGAAGGAGCGCCGGCCUUACUGCUCCCUCUCCCGGAGCAGGAGAGAACGAGGGAGAGAUGGAGAGAGGGAAGGAGAUAAAGAGGGGGAGGGCUACAGGGAGGAACCCGGCAACCGUCGUAACGCAGCCUCAUCUUCUGUCGUUACUCAGAAGUCCUAUAGCUCCAGUGAGACGCUAAAGGCCUUCGAUCAGCACCCAUCCAGCCAGGGGCUUUAUGGGCAUCGCAUGCCAGACAUGGUGCCAAGGGAUGCAGAGGAAUACAGAGCUCCAGGUCAGAGUCUUUCUUUGAGGCAGCUUGGAAUAUGUGGCCCUGCCCCUCGUCGCGGUCUAAGCUUCUGCGCUGAGACUGGACUCAGUCACCACACACAACUCAGUGGAACGGACCAUAUCCAGAAUGUAGGGGGCAUUUCUCCAGACUGCGCUAUGCUGUGGGUUAAGUCACAUGGACGGGAUUCACGGCUUUCCAGUCGGUCCAAUUCUGCUUUAACCCUCACAGACACAGAGCAGGACAAUAAAUCAGACCAGGAGAAUGACCAGCGUACCAGCCAACAAGGCCCGCCCCCUCUACCACCUGCUCCACACCAACACAAGCAGCAUCCGUCAGUCACCUCCCUCAACCAAUCACUGGCCAAUCAGGCGGCAGAGCUUCAGAGCGCAUCUGAAUGUGUGCAGCUGCAGGAAAACUGGAUGCUGGGCGGCAACGUAGGCUUGGAGAACAGGCACUUCCUGUUAAAGACUGGAACAGGUACCACAUCUCUCUUCACGACGCCUAAUCCAGGUUAUACCAUGGCAACCGGGGCUGUCUACUCUCCACCAGCCCGCCCCCUAACUCGCAACCCACUAUCAAGAGGUGCAUUCAAAUUUAACAAGUCAUCUAAACGGUGUUCGUGGAAGUGCACCGCUCUCAGUGCUGUGGGCGUGGCUACGCUGUUGACAAUUCUGCUCUGCUACUGUAUAGCCAUGCAUGUUCUUGGCCUAAACUGGAAACUGAAUGAUGCUGAUAAUCACGCCUUUGAGAAUGGACGAGCCAAACCAGUGACGUUCCCGACCAACACUGUGACUGCAAUUUCUGCAGACGGAAGGCUAGGUGUGAUGCUUCAGUAUAACUCCACACUGGACACAGGACAGGUGGAGUUGGGUCAGCAGGUUACACAGGCUAUUCCACCAGCGGUCUUUUGGAGGUCCAGACUUCUCAUUGAUGAACCUCACUUCCUUAAGUUUAACAUUUCCAUACAGAAAAAUGCCCUGAUUGGAGUCUAUGGGAGAAGAGGACUCCCACCCUCGCACACCCAGUAUGACUUUGUGGAGCUUCUGGACGGCAGUAGGCUUAUCUCACGAGAGCGUGUUCAGUUGGAUCCGGAUAUCAGGGACAGACUGGAGGUUCCGGUCAGCAUUCAGCAAGCAGGUUUUAUUCAGUACCUGCACGCUGGUGUGUGGCACCUGGCCUUUUACAAUGAUGGCCGCACCGUAGAGCCUGUCUCAUACAACACUAUAAUACUGGAGUCAGUGAUGGAAUGCCCACACAAUUGCUAUGGCAAUGGAGAAUGUCUCUCAGGCACGUGUAAUUGCUUCCCUGGAUUUCUUGGGCCGUAUUGUUCGAGAGCGGCGUGCCCAGUUCUGUGCAGCGGCAAUGGUCAGUACAAUGGGGGGCGCUGCCAGUGCUACAGCGGAUGGAAGGGGAUCGAAUGCGAUGUGCCCAACGGUCAGUGUAUGGAUGCUCAGUGCGGGGGUCACGGCCUGUGCGUUACGGGCUCCUGCAUUUGUAACCCAGGCUACAGAGGUGACAACUGCGACCAAGUGAACUGUGUGGACCCAUCAUGUUCAGGCCGUGGUUCUUGUCUCCAUGGCCAGUGCCACUGUAACUCAGGCUGGACCGGUGCAAACUGUGAGACACAGCUUUCUGUCUGUCUAGAACACUGCUCUGGCCAUGGCAUGUUCCAGAGUGACACCAGCACCUGCAUCUGUGAGGUGAACUGGACUGGACCUGACUGCUCAACAGAAAUGUGUACGACGGAUUGCAGUCCUCACGGUGUAUGUGUCGGAGGCGUGUGUCGUUGUGCGGAGGGCUGGUCGGGGACAAGGUGUGAACAGGAGCUCUGUCAGUGUGGGGAGCACGGUGUGUGUCGAAAAGGAAAGUGCGAGUGUCACCAGGGUUGGACCGGAGAAAACUGCAAUAUUGCUCACUUUCUGGACAGUAGAAUAAAAGCAGACUGGAUAGGAUAUAGAGACAGUUGUCCAGGGCUGUGUAACAACAACGGCAGGUGCAUUUUGGACCAGAACGGAUGGCAUUGCCUCUGCCAGUCUGGAUGGAGAGGGGUCGGGUGUGAUGUCGCUAUGGAAACCCUUUGUUCUGAUGGGAAGGACAACGAGGGGGAUGGCUUAGUGGACUGUAUGGACCCAGACUGUUGCAUUCACAGCAGCUGUCAGGGUCAGACCUACUGCAGCGGAGCUCCAGACCCCAACACAAUGCAACACCGGAGCUCAUAUACCGCAGAUUCUCUGAGUUUCUAUCAACGCGUCAGUUUUCUGGUGGCGCCGGGCGGAUCCCAUAGUCUGCUAGGAGAAAACACUUUUAACAGCAGCCUGGUGUCAGUCGUGCGAGGGCAGGUGGUGACCACCGACGGCACGCCGCUGAUUGGGGUGAACGUGUCCCUCCUGCAUUAUCCUCAACAGGGUUAUACCAUCACCAGACAGGAUGGCAUGUUUGAUUUAUUAGUGAAUGGCGGCACGGCAUUGACGUUAAGUUUUGCACGUGCUCCAUACCCCACUGUAUAUCGCACGGUGUGGUUGUCAUGGAGAGUCUUCUACGUGAUGGACACGCUGGUGAUGAGGAAAGAAGAGAGAGAGCCACCAACCUGUGAGUUCAACAGCCUCGACAGACCCUCACCCCAAAUCACAGCGUCACCGCUCUCCACUUUCUACCGCAGCAGCCCCGAGGCCAGCCCCAUCAUUCCUGAGACACAGGUGCUUCACGAGCAGACAGCCAUUCCUGGAAGUGAUUUAGGUUUAAUAUACUUAAGUUCACGUGCCUCAGCCUACAAACCCGUUCUGAAGGUCAUCAUGACCCAGUCCAGCGUGCCCUUCGGCUUGGCAAAGGUCCACCUUUUGGUGGCUGUGGAAGGUAGAAUGUUUCAGAAGCAGUUCCCAGCUUCACCACGGCUGUCCUACAGCUUUAUCUGGGACAAGACUGAUGCUUACAACCAGAGAGUCUAUGGACUAGCAGAGGCUGUAGUGUCCGUCGGCUUUGAGUAUGAAUCAUGUCUAAAUGUGAUCCUAUGGGAAAAGAGGACUGUCACCCUGCAGGGAUACGAGCUGGACGCCUCCAACCUAGGCAGCUGGACCCUGGAAAAGCAUCACAUUUUGGAUGUGUGGAACGGUGAGAAUGGCUCAUUAUUCCCCGCAUGGUGGUUCCAGUGGCGUACGUCCCCUCGCCAACUCAGGGGUAUUCUGUAUAAAGGAGAUGGUGAGAAUGUGUUCCUUUCCCAGUUUCCUCCCAUCAUCAGCACCAUUAUGGGCAAUGGCAGACGCAGGAGCAUAUCCUGCCCGAGCUGUAAUGGCCAAGCAGAGGGCAACAAACUGCUGGCUCCCGUGGCUCUCGCAUGGGGCAUCGACGGCAGCCUGUACGUCGGCGACUUCAAUUACAUCCGACGCAUCUAUCCAUCAGGCAAUGUGAGCAGUGUCAUGGAGCUCAGAAAUAAGGAUUUCAGGCAUAGCAACAACCCCGCUCACCGAUAUUAUCUGGCCACGGAUCCGGUGACGGGGCAGCUGUACGUGUCGGACACCAACUCCAGACGCAUCUACAGCCCGCGGGCGCUCUCGGGUACGUCAGCGCCCCAGCAGAACGUGGAGGUGGUGGCAGGAACUGGAGAUCACUGUCUGCCUUUUGAUGAAGCGCAGUGCGGCGAUGGAGGACCGGCCACGGAGGCUCUUCUCACGGGACCCAAAGGGAUCGCCAUUGACAGGAACGGGCUGAUCUACUUUGUGGACGGGACUGUGAUCCGGAAGGUGGAUCAGAACGGCAUCAUCUCGACCCUGCUGGGGUCCAAUGACCUUGCGUCUGCUCGUCCCCUGAGCUGUGAAUCAGUUAUGGACAUUCAUCAGGUGUCUUUAGAAUGGCCGACAGACCUCACUGUUAGUCCGAUGGAUAACUCUCUCUUCGUGCUGGAUGGCAGUGUGGUUUUGCGGGUCACCGAAGAGGGGCAGGUCAGCGUGACAGCAGGCAGACCCCUGCACUGCCCCAUGCCUUCUACAGACAUCUCAGUGACAGAAACACAGCGAGCCACACAAACCCAUCUGGAAUCCCCCAGCGCCAUCGCUGUCUCCUUCAGUGGAGUCCUGCACAUCGUGGAGACAGAUGAGAGGAAGAUGAGCCGCAUACGCAGCGUGGCACCAGAUGGCGAGAUCACUCACCUGGCGGGAGCGCUUUCAGACUGCGACUGCAAGACGGACGUCAGCUGCGAUUGUUACCUAACGGGAGACGGCUUCGCUAAAGAUGCUCGGCUCAACGGGCCGUCCUCUCUCGUUGCUGCUCCGGAUGGAACUCUGUACAUAGCUGACCUGGGAAACAUACGGAUACGCAUGGUUGGAAAAAACAGGCCGACGCUUAACAGCAUGGGCUUGUAUGAGGUGGCUUCAUCCACGGAGCAGGAGUUGUACAUGUUUGACAUCAACGGAACGCAUCAGCAUACCGUCAAUCUGAUCACUGGAGACUACAAGUAUAACUUUAGCUAUAGCAAUGAGGGAGAUCUGACCUCAGUAUCUGACAGUUAUGGAAACACUUUGCGAAUCCGCAGGGACACCAGCCGACUUCCCGUCCGCAUCGUUGCACCUGACAACCAGGUUAUAUGGCUAACUGUAGGCUCGAGCGGUGGGCUGAAGACCCUGGGCACACAGGGGCGUGAACAUGUGCUGCUAACUUACCAUGGCAACAGUGGUCUCCUGGCAACCAAGAGUGCUGCCAAUGGAUGGACAAUAUUCUAUGACUAUGACUCAGAAGGGCGAUUGACCAAUGUAACUUUUCCUACUGGAGUGGUGACCAGCCUGGCUUAUGACAUGGAGACUUUCUCUAAAGUGGAGCGCGAAAGUUUUGAGAGAGAUGAAGCUGCAACUAUGACUUCAAACCAAUCAGCCAUCCAAAGUGUACUCACGUUACAACAAGACCAGCUGAAGAACAAAUAUGUGUUGGGUUAUGACCAUUCAUUCUGGAUCCUAUAUGCAAAUGGAAUGAGCACACACUUCCAGACGGAGCCACACAUUCUGUCAGGUGCCUCCUCACCGACACUGGCCUGCAGAAACAUGACUCUAUCUGACGACAGCGGACAGAACCUGGUGGAGUGGCGUUUUCGCAAAGAGCAGUCGCGAACGAAGGUCACAGUGUUUGGACGCAAGUUACGAGUAAAUGGACGGAACAUUUUGUCUGUUGAUUAUGACCGAGCGCUGAGGAUUGAAAAGAUCUACGAUGAUCACCGUAAAUUUCUUUUGAAGAUUGGUUAUGACAUGGCAGGUCAGCCCAGUCUCUGGAUGCCAAGUAGCAAGUUACUGCCUGUCAACCUCACACGCAAUAGCAAUGGGCAGUUGAGUGCCAUUCACUGGGGUUCGGUCUCGGAGAGGGUUGAGUAUGAUGGACAAGGUCGACUGCUGUCUAGAACAUUCCCUGAUGGGAAGACCUGGAGCUACACUUAUCUGGAGAAGUCCACAGUGCUAAUAAUGGCGAGUCAGCGGCAGUACGUCUUUGAAUAUGACCCUCAGGGGGGCCUCUCUGCAGUCACCAUGCCCAGUGUGGCCCGUUACACUAUGGAGACCAUCCGCUCAGUGUCUUACUUUCGUAACCUUUACCAUAUGCCUGAAAGCAAUGCCUCUGUCGCUGCGGACUACAGUGAAGAUGGCAGGCUCCUCAGAGUGGCACAACUGGGCACGGGUCGCAGAGUUAUUUACCGCUACCGCUGGCACAACAAACUGUCUGAGGUUCUGUACGACAGCACCCGUGUUAGCUUCACUUACGAUGAGACCGCAGGUGUCCUGAAAACGGUCAAUCUGCAGAGCGAGGGUUUCAUUUGCACCAUUAGAUACAGGCAGCUUGGCCCACUAAUAGACCGGCAAAUCUACCGCUUUAGCGAAGAAGGGAUGGUAAACGGCCGCUUCGACUACGCUUAUGACAGCAGCUUGCGCGUGACGAGUGUUCAGGGUGUUAUCAAUGAGACGCCGCUGCCCAUUGACCUCUAUCAGUACGACGACAUCUCAGGGAAGGUGGAACAGUUCGGGAAGUUUGGCGUCAUCUAUUAUGACAUCAACCAGAUCAUCUCCACCUCUGUUAUGACGUACACGAAACACUUCGACGGACACGGUCGGAUACGAGAGAUUCAGUACGAGCUCUUCCGCGCUCUGCUGUUCUGGAUCACCAUCCAAUAUGAUGACGUGGGUCGUGUUACUAAGAGAGAGAUGAAGAUCGGCCCUUUCGCUAACGCUACUAAGUACGGCUACGAAUACGACGUGGACGGGCAGCUGCAGGCUGUGUACCUCAAUGACAAAAUGACAUGGCGCUAUAGCUAUGACUUAAAUGGGAACAUACAUCUGCUGAGUCCCGCAAACAGCGCACGAAUCAUGCCUCUCCGUUACGACUUACGAGACCGUAUAACUCGCCUGGGUGACCUGCAGUAUGAGCUGGACGAGGAUGGGUUUCUCUGUCAGAGAGGAUCUGAGAUCUUUCAGUACAACUCUAAUGGUCAUCUGGAACGGGUUUAUAGCAAGACCAGCGGUUGGAGCGUACAGCACCGUUACGAUGGUUUGGGAAGAAGAGUCUCCACGAAAUCCAGCACGGGACAGCACCUGCAGUUUUUCUAUGCUGAUUUGAGUUACCCAAGUCGAAUAACCCACGUGUACAACCACUCGAGCUCACAGAUUACCUCUCUGUACUAUGACCUGCAGGGACACUUGUUUGCCAUGGAGAUCAGCAGCGGGGCAGAGUUCUACAUAGCCUGUGAUAAUAUUGGUACCCCAUUGGCCAUCUUUGGGAGUGAUGGCAUUCUCCUCAAGCAGGUUCAUUAUACGGCUUAUGGGGAGGUUUAUUCUGACUCCAAUACUGAUAUUCAGCUGGUGAUUGGGUUUCACGGAGGACUUUACGACCCUGUAACAAAACUACUUCAUUUUGGAGUACGGGACUAUGACAUCAUGUCGGGUCGCUGGACUGCACCUGAUUUCAUGCUGUGGGAGAAAAUCGGCAAGGAGCCGGGUCCGUUCAAUCUGUACAUGUUCAGAAACAACAACCCUAUAAGUAAAGUGCAGAAUGUUUGGGAAUACUUAACAGAUGUGAACAGCUGGCUGGUCACCUUUGGGUUCCAUCUCCAUAAUAGCAUUCCUGGAUUCCCAAUUCCAAAAUCUGAGAUGACCCAAGCAUCUUAUGAACUUGACAAAAGUCAAAUGUGGGAUGAUCUAACAACCAGCUUUGCAGUCCAGCAGCACAUCAUCCGACAAGCUCAAGCAUUUCUAACAUUUGGAAAUCUGCCAACGCUUGAGUUUGGUCAUAGCCGAAGGGCUGACAAACCCUGGCUGUGGUUUGCCUCCAGCGAUUCACUGAUAGGUCGCGGGAUCAUGUUGGCUCUCUACAAGGGUAUUGUGAUAACUCGAGCGCUAAGCCUGGCCAACGAGGACUGCGUCAAGGUUGCCAACAUCCUCAACGGCGCCCUUUAUUUAAAAGACUUGCACUUUAUUAUUGACGGCAGAGACACGCACUACUUUGUGAAAAUGACUUCUCCUGAAGCAGACCUGGCAGCUCUACGGCUCACCAGCGGACGGAAAGAACUGGAGAAUUCAGUGAACGUAACGGUGUCACAGUCCACAGCUGUGCUGGGCGGCCGCACCCGCCGCUUCGCAGAUGUGGAGUUCCAGCGGGGGGCUCUCACCCUGCACGUGCGCUACGGCGCGUCCCUUGAUGAGGAACGCGUGCGUGUUUUAGAGCUGGCCAGACAGAGAGCUCUGGCUAACUCAUGGAUGCAUGAGCAGCAGCGGGUACGAAACGGAGAGGAGGCAUCUCGACUGUGGACGGAGGGAGAGAAGAGGCAGCUUCUCAGCAGUGGACGGGUGCAGGGCUAUGAUGGAUACUACGUGCUGUCAGUAGAGCAGUAUCCUGAGCUAGCUGACAGCGUCACCAACAUUCAGUUCCUCAGACAAAAUGAGAUCGGCAAAAGGUAGUGAACAGACCGACCACUCUCCACUGCGAUUUUGAAAUAAAAGAACAAGUUAAUUGGGGAACAUGCUGUGGUUUGACACGUGUGACAUUUUCUGAGAGUUUGUGAAAACUCUACUACUCUUGGUCUAACACCAUUAAAGCAACGCUGUGCGUUGUGACACGUCAAUGUGUUUUCUCAAAGGCCUUAACCAAGGCUACUGCUGUGGAGCACAAUGAAAUGAUAAACUUAAGAGUCAAGACACAAGCCUGAUUCAUAGAAAUAUUCAUUUCUUUAUUUAACUAUUUAUUAAUUGUUCAUUUUUACAAGCACUAUUCAAAUAUUUCCCAUAUAGAGAUAUAAUGUGUCGUACCUUUUGAAAACUGAAAAUGUUUACAUCUGCAUAUUACUGUACAACUGCAAAAACACCACACAUGAUGUCAGGUGGUUUACUGUAGCCAGCUAUAAACUUUACACUGUAAUAUUUUUAUAUUUAUUCAGAUUUGUCUUAUUUUGUGUGUACGUUUCAUGAGAUUCAUAAUUGGAAAAAGUCUGUUGGCAAUCAUGUAAUUUGCAACGGGACCUCCCUUAAAAUAUGACAUUACAAAGGUUUUUGUGCUAUUUCUUUUUUUGUUUGACCUGUUUUACUUUUAAGUCACAAACAACAUCGUUUAAAGUGACAGAAAAGUUUGAUUUGUAGCCAUUUUUGGUGCACCUUAACUUAAUAAACUGGACAUAUAAUGAAUGAAAUGGCAGCACAGCACAGCACAGCACAGCAAAUAUGUAAAUGUCUGGACUUAUGUAAAUGAGUGUUUACCUGUAUAUUUUUAAAAUUAAAAGCAAAUAUUAGCUUUUUUUGGUUACAGGUCCCAAUGAAAAUAUUUAUGAAAAUUGUUUGUACUUAAAAAGAAAUAAAGGCUAAAAUCAC